GCCUUCUUGUUCACGCCCAACUUGCCGUUCAUGAAGAAGCCAACUCAGUCUGCCCCCUUCUUCAGUUUACAACAGAAGAUGCCUGUUGUCCUAGGAAUGCUUUUGGGCUUCCAACACGCUUUGGCUAUGUUGGCUGGUGUCGUUACUCCACCCAUCAUUAUUUCAAGCUCUGCGAACUUUGAUACUCUCACGACUCAAUAUCUUGUGUCGACCUCGCUCAUUGUUUGUGGUAUUCUAUCAGCUGUCCAGAUCACCAGAUUCCAUAUCUACAAGACUCCUUACUAUAUUGGAACUGGUUUGAUUUCCGUUGUUGGAACCUCCUUCGCCAUCAUUCCCGUGGCCACCAAAGGAAUCGCUCAAAUGUACGCAAACGGCAUGUGUAAGACAGCAGCAGACGGUACCCAGCUUCCUUGCCCUGAUGCGUAUGGUGCGAUUGUCGGAACCGCAGCAAUGUGCGCUCUCCUCGAAAUUGGCCUCUCGUUCAUGACACCAAAGACUCUUAAGAGACUCUUUCCACCAAUCGUUACUGGUCCUACCGUCAUGCUCAUUGGUGUUUCUCUUCUCCAGCCGGGUUUGGAAGGCUGGGCUGGUGGUUCCGGACCUUGCGUGUCGAGACCUGAGACUGGCAUCUUUACGCUGUGCCCCACCAUCUUUGCACCACACGCACUGCCUUGGGGAUCGGCACAGUACAUUGGUCUUGGAUUCUCCGUCUUUAUCACCAUCAUCCUUUGCGAGAGAUUCGGCUCUCCUAUCAUGAAGUCCAUGAGCGUUGUCGUUGGUCUCCUCACUGGCUGCAUUAUCGCUGCCGCAACUGGCUACUUUGACAAAUCUACCAUUACUGAUGCUCCUGCUGUAAGCUUCAUCUGGGUGCACACUUUCAAGCUGAGCGUCUACGGUCCUCUUGUACUUCCGUUGAUGGCAAUCUACAUCAUUUGCAUGAUGGAAGCCAUUGGUGAUAUCACCGCUACUUGUGAUGUGUCUCGCCUCCAAGUCGAAGGUGAACUCUUCGACUCCCGAAUCCAGGGCGGCAUUCUCGCUGAUGGAAUCAACGGCAUGCUAGCUGGUCUCUGCACCAUCACCCCAAUGUCCACAUUCGCCCAGAACAACGGCGUCAUCGCCCUCACUCGAUGCGCCAACCGAACCGCCGGAUACUGGGCCGUCUUCUUCCUCAUCGUCAUGGGAAUCUUCUCCAAAUUCGCCGCGGCUCUCGUUGCGAUCCCCUCAUCUGUGCUUGGUGGAAUGACUACCUUCCUCUUCGCUUCAGUCGCUGUGUCCGGUCUCCGCAUCAUCGCUACCGUGCCCUUCACCCGCCGCACGAGAUUCAUCCUCACUGCGGCGCUCUCGGUCGGUUUCGGUGCCAUUCUCGUUCCUAACUGGUUCAGUUUCGUCUUCACGUAUUCUGGAAAUAACAAGGCUAAGGCUGGCUUCUUUGAUGCCAUUGUUUUGGUUAUGGAGACUGGUUUUGCGGUCACGGCUUUUAUUGCUGUUGUCCUGAACUUGGUUCUGCCGAUGGAGACCGUCGAGGAGAUGGCAGAGAGUUUGGCAGGGGAUAUCGCGCAAGAUCGGGAGGAGGAGGCGCAGAUGGAGGGUGAGGUGGAGGAGAAGAAGACUGUUGGGAGUUCUGCUGCACCAAUGGUUUAAGGUCGAUCUUUCGUUGGGAGAGAAUUGAUAUUGUUGUGUUGAGUUGAGAUUGUAUAUAGUAUGUUUCAUAGCUCCUUAACUAUAACAGUUAACAUGACUCUGUAUCUUUACCAGAGAGUGGGACCAUAAGCUGCGUGAUAAGAAGUGGCGACUUGUAGACAUUCCAAGUACCAAUAGACGCAGGAUUGGUCUUCACUACAUUUUCU